GCCAAGUACUACAAUGAUAGUCGUCGGCCUUACAGGAGGCAUCGCGACCGGCAAAUCCACGGUCUCCAACCUCCUCCGAGCAAGAGGCGUCCCCCUCAUCGACGCAGACGUCAUCGCUCGUCAAGUCGUCGAACCCGGCACACCCGCCCUCGCCAAGAUCCAAGCCUAUUUCGGGGACGGCGUAAUCCAAGCAGUCGGGACUCUCGACCGGAAGAAAUUGGGCACGAUCAUAUUUAAUGAUGAGGAGAAGAGAAGGAAGUUGAAUGGGAUCGUGCAUCCUGCUGUGAGGUGGGCCAUGCUUUGGCUGGUUUUGGGAUAUUGGAUUAGGGGGAAUAAGUAUUGUGUGCUUGAUGUUCCGUUGCUUAUUGAGGGGUCGCUGUGGAAGAUGGUUGGAAAGGUGGUGGUGGUGUAUUGUUCCGUCGAACUCCAACUCCUCCGACUCAUGCUCCGUGAUAAUUCAUCAAGAGAAGACGCUUCCUCGCGACUCAACUCCCAAUUACCCAUCGCGGAGAAAGUCAAAUACGCUGAUAUCGUCAUUGACAACUCUGGAACGCGUCAGGAGUUGGAAGCGCACGUUGACGCGCUGGUAAGGAGGUUGGAGCAGGAUGCAGGGUGGACGUGGAGGCUUAGUUGGGUUUUUCCGCUGUUCAUGGUCGUUUCUGCCGCUGCGACUCUAUUUUGGAGGGCUGCUCGGAGGGUGAAGGGUUCUAGACGGGGUAAUAAGAAGGAGUAGUUGUGCCGAUAAUUUGCUGUAUGGUAAUUUAGUAUGUAAUCUCCUUUGACCAUAACCACAACCAUGUCC